AUGGGCAACAGCCUGCGGUGCUGCCUGGCGUGCGUGCUGCCGUGCGGCGCGCUGGACCUGGUGCGGAUCGUGCACCUCAGCGGCCGCGUCGACGAGUACGGCCGCGCCGUGUCGGCCGGGGAGGUGCUGGCGGCGCAUCCAAACCACGUGCUCAGCAGGCCCUGCUCGUCGCCGCAGGGGGUGGUGCGCAGGAUCCUCAUCGUGUCGCCAGACUCGGUGCUGGAGCGCGGGGAGAUCUACUUCCUCAUCCCCGCCGCGUCCGUGCCCGACGCCAAGAAGGCCGCCGGCGCCGGAGGCGGUGCUGGCACGCCGAGCCGCCACGUGCGCAGCAAGUCCGAAGGCAGCGUCGUCGUCGCCGCCGUGACCGACUGGCAGCUGGGGCAGCUCGGCGCCGAGUCUUCGCCGGAGAAGGAGGCAGCCAAGAAGAAGCAGCAGCACAAGAGGGCGGCCGCGCAGCAGCACCGGCGGCGCAUGAGCACCGGCAGCCACGCCGCGCCGUGGCAGCCGCACCUCGCCUGCAUCGCGGAGGACCUCUGA